AUGGAUAAUCACCAGCAGCAGAGGGAGGAGCAGCCAUACCUCCUCCAUGAUCACCUCCUCCACCACCACUGGCCGCCCUUGCAGGGCCAACAGCAGCAGCCACUGCAACAUCAACACCCGCUGUAUCUCCUCAAUGAUCAGCAGCAACCGGUUCAGCAAGGCAUAAUUCUCCACGAAAAUUCGCAGAAUUUUCUGGAUUCUAUGCCUCGCGGUUACAGGUUUUGCCCCACUGAUGAAGAGCUAAUUGUACACUACUUGAGGAAAAGGAUCGCCAAGGCUCCAUUACCACUUAACAGAAUUCAUGAAGCCAAUGUCUACGGCCACAAUCCUCAAGAACUUACAAAUAGAUACAGAUCGGAUAGCCUUCAUAACGUGAACGGAUGGUACUUCUUCACCUAUUUGACGAACAAAUACCCCAAAGGCAGCCGUCCCUCUCGAUCAUGUGGAGAUGGUGGAUUUUGGAAACCCACCGGCAAAGACAAGAAGAUUUAUUACAAUGGCAAUACCGUCGGAUACAGGAAGUCACUAGAUUUCUUACUUGGGCCUGGUGAAAAAACGGCUUGGAAGAUGCAUGAAUAUAGAAUUCAUGCAAAUAACCCCAAGUCGGAUCCAGUUUUAUGUAGAUUGUAUAUGAACAUAAGACGCAAAAAAAAAGAUGAAAGUGAAGGUGACACAGUAGAAUUGAUGAGGGAAAAUCUUGACCAGUGUUUUACAGUGAAUGAAGCUCCCAUGCAGAAUGAGGACAAUGAUUUGGCGGUUGGCAAUAUUUCCUCUGCUGGUUCUACAAACAAUCAAUGUAUGGAGUAUAUUACCAGCACUCUAGACACAGGAGGUGAUGCCAAUUCAAACCAGGUUAUCUAUGAUCUUUCUAGUUUCCAAUUUCCUGAUCAUCCAUUUCAAGAUUUCCAAGGAUACACUAAUUCUCAUGGUGGGCUCGAAGCAAUUACUCAAGAGUUCACUGAACCGUUCCAUUUAUCAAAGGGUACCAUGAUGCCCUCCAAUUUGAGUACGGAACCGUUCCAUUUAUCAAGGGGUACCAUGAUCCCCUCUGAUUUGAAUAUGGAGGAUGUUUCGAAGUAUGCUAUUGGUGGUACUGAUUUGUCCGACUUAGCAUGGCAAAAUGGUUGUGCUGGUGGUUAUGUCAAUAUGACCUCUCUCCAAAUUGAUGGUGAGAAUUCAGGCUAUAAGUAG